UGGGAGGAGGCACCGCCCUGCCCGGGGAGGGGCGGCCGAGCCGCUUCCCGGCACUGACCGGGGGGGGCUGGCGGCUCCCGGCGUGCGGGGACCCGGCCCGGCCGUGAGGGAGCUCCGGCGGCUGCAGGCUCCCCUCGGUACGGUCGUGCGGGAGGGCUGGAGCGGCGCCUCGUACCGCAUCUCUGUCCUCGGGAAACCCGCCAGCAUCAUCGUAUACCGAUGAAUUUAGGGCGCUUCUUGACCAGCUAGUCUCCUGCCUUCAGGAUGCCACUGCUUAGCUACAGCAUAAAAGCUGCUGAUUUGACUUGAGCAAAAAUUGCCUAAUGGGGUACCUCGUGGGAUGAGGAUGCUGCACCUGCCAGAGACUUAUGCAGGAAAAAGUGGACAAAUGAUGAAUCACUUCAUGAUUCUGGCAGUACUGCUCCCCCUGAGGACGUGCUAUACUUCAUACUCACAGCAAGAAUCUGAUGUGUUUCCAGUAACAUACCUUAAUGUUUCCAAGGAUUUGGGUCUUCAGCGGCUGAUGGUGGAAUGGGAUGUUGUCAAGUCUGCGCAUGAUGCUGAGCUGGCAAUGUCUUUUGAGAUACAAGUCCGUAGAAUUGAUGAAGCUACUACUGUGUGGACAGAAUUUCAUAAUGUCACACUUGAUAAAUUGGGAAAGCCUCUUCAUUGGACAUGGGAUUCAGACAUACCUUUGGAGUGUAUGUCACAUGCUGUGAGAAUCAGGGGCAAGGCAGAAGCAUCAAAAAUCUGGAGUAACUGGAGUUUGUGGGAGACUGUCCCCGGCCUGGACACUUCAAAUAGAAGUGAGCCACAAAUCUUUCCGAAAAAAGAAUUUUUAGCAGAAGGCUCUGAUAUCACUCUUUGCUGCAUCGGAGGGAAAGGUCAAGCCAUUAAGAAAUUCUUUGUAUCCCCAAGUGUUGAUGUUUUCAAGCGCACAAACAAUCAAGUCAAACUUCUCACCGUGGAAAAUCUGUCACAUGACAAAGGGUCUACCAUUCAUUUCUACUGUUAUGAUGAAGAUGAGCGGUUCCAUCAGGCAGCUUUCUUUGUGGGUAAGCCACCUGAUACACCUAAAGACUUUUCCUGCCAUACUCAAGACAUGAAAAGAGUAACAUGUACUUGGAGAGAAGGAGAGACCUAUCUCUAUGGACGGAAUGCACCACAAUACACCUUGUCUAAAACGUCAUCUCCGAAAGUGGCUCUGUGCAAAGCAAGUUGUUCUUCUGAGCAGUGCUCAUGUUCUUGGGAUAUAGGCCAGCAGCAGAUCUGGAAUGUCACAGUGACUGUGGAAAACCCACUGGGAAAGAAAAAUGCCACAGAUGUUUUUGAUGUAAAUCACAGAAUGUAUCCCACUGCACCUUUCCAGGUUUGGGAAGAUUGCACAGAUACAGAAAUUACGUUACACUGGAAUUAUGAAAGCAAUGAAAUUGAACUUUUUUGUCAGACUGAAGUGGUCCGACCUGAUGGCAAAGUAGAACUGCACAACAGCUCCGAGGCGCGCUCGAAGCGGGUCACGGUGCGCGGGCUGCAGCCCCACACGGCGUACACGGCCCGGGUGCGCUGCGCGGCGGCCUCGCACUUCUGGAGGUGGAGUGAGUGGAGCCAAGCCCUGACCGCCAGAACUAAGGAAGGAACUCCAUCAGGGAAACUGGACAUAUGGAGAGAAAUUACACCAGUUCUGGGGGGACGAAAUGUGACUUUGUUCUGGAAGCAAACACCAGGUUUUCAAGCCAAUGGAAAAAUUAUUUCAUAUGAAGUAACGUGGGAAAAAAUAGAAGAUGGCUUCAAGCCUGAAAGUAUCUCCUUUUCUGCAGUCUACAAUAGCACAAGGAUUUUCAUUGAUAACCAUUCCUACAGAAUCAGUAUCAUGGCAAAGAACAAUGUUCAUUUUUCACUUCCUUCAGUAUUGAUCAUCUCUAGAGCUACAGAUAACAGCACUGAAGAGCUUAAGGAAGGACAGGUUAAUGGUACAGAUGAUGGCAUUUUUAUAUCAUGGGAGCCCAGAAGUAUAUAUGACAGUUACAUUAUUGAUUGGUGUAACUUUCCCAGGCUACAGCCUUGUGAUUUGCAGUGGAAGAGAUUUGGACCCAACACUUCCAGUGCUGUGAUCAGCUCAGCUGCUUUUGUUCCGGGUGUGAGAUACAAAUUCUGCAUCUAUGGAUCUGUUGCUAAUAGAACCUCCUUACUGGAAAAGAAGAUUGGUUAUCUCAGGGAACUGCCUCCUCAUGUUGACCCUAUUGUCAGAAAAGUUGACCUGACUUACAAUUCAGUAACACUGUCUUGGGAUUCUUAUCUCACAAAUGAGUCAGAGACUGGUUUUGUAAGAGGCUACCAUGUUUACAUUUCACCUAUACAAGGGAACUGCAACUUGAAAGGAUCAAAAAAGUACAUUCUUUCAGAUGAAUCAGAGCUAUGUAAAUACACAAUUGAAAACCCAGAAGAAAAGAGAUACACCGUGAAACACCUGAUGCCAAACACAAAAUACAAAAUAGCAGUUAAAGCAUUUACAGGUGGAGGAGAGACACCCAUUGUUUACUUUAGAUACAUAGAUACACCAUAUAACUCAAACAUACUGUACUUUGUAUUCCUGGUAGUGAUACUUCCAACCCUAGUAGCAGCUAUAUGCCACUGGAAGAUGAAGUGGGUGAAGGAGUCCUGCUGCCCUGUAAUACCUAGUCCUAAUGAGAGCAAAGUGCUGUCAUUCAAAGAGUUUAAGGUGAUUCCUCCACUGUUGCUGUUCAAACCCCUGCACUGUCUGAACUCAGCAGCCCAGAGGAUAUGGAUUUCCCUGCAGCCCAUGAGCUGUGUCUGCCCCAGUUCCCUUGGGAGGACACUGCAGGGCCGUGCACUUGCUGGACCUGGGAGGAUGCAGGGGGUUCUGCCAGGCCUGGCUGGAAGAACAGGAUUGGCAAAAUAUUCAGCUUCUUCUGUAGCCCUUGGGAACUGGGAGCUGCUGCUUCUGUGCUGUGUGCAAGAGGCUCCAAAGCCUUUGCCCCAGCACUUGUGGGGCUGGUGGUCGAGGAGUGAAGUACACCUAACAGCCACUGCUGCUGUCUUCCAGUUGCUUCUGCCUCAAACUAAAAUCAGAAUGCAUAAAAAACCUGGCAACGUCUUUAGAGUAGAGGGAUGUGGUUCCUUCCUCAAAUAUAAUCAUUGUUGAUUCUGAGAAAGUGCUGAAGAUAAAUGACUGCCUUCCUGAUGUGCUAGCAGUGGAGAGUGAUGCUGAAGCUCAGAAAUUGCAUCCUGUUACCUGGAGCUCGUUAUCAUCAACACCAAGUGAAGAUAAGAUUGAUGAUCACAAAUCCUGGAUUUACCCUAGUGAAAAUGUAGUGAGAGACUUUCCACCUACACCUCAAACUCGUACUUGUUUUGAGAAUUUUGCUUAUUCUUCUCCGCUUGAGGCUGAAUCUGAUCCCUGCCAUAUACCGGAGACACUGGAAGCAGGCAAGACAAAUCAUGCAGUGAUGCUGUACCAGCCACAAUGCUAUUUAGAUAUUUUUCAUGAGGAUGCAGCCUCAACCACCAGAGAAAUAGCUGAGAGAAAGAACAAUCUGAGAUACAUCUCACAAGCAGACGUGCACUGCCCGGGUGAGAGGUUUUGAUGUUCUACCCUCCAGUGGGUCCAACCAAUGUUUGGCUACACACUAUAAAUGAGAAUUUCUCAAACCACAACUUCUUUUGAUUAGGGUUCUCACAAGCCCAGCUGCCUGACUGCCAUUAAUACGGCAAAGCUGUUCUGGACUAGUUUUGAGUACUGAUUUGCACAGGAAUUAUGUGUGUUAUGGUUCUACUACAACUUACAGGCAUUAAAUGACGUUUAUAGGCUGUUUUGUGGCCUGUAUUAUGCAGAAAGUUACAUCACAGCAAUCUUUCACUGGCUGAUGCAGAGAACUGC